AUGGCCAAUUCCUCUGUUGUGUUGAUAUGCAUUCAAAACCCAGACUUCAUCAAUAUAACAGUGACACACGUCUACCAAAAUUUCAUUCAAUUCGGUACAAUCGAAAAAAUACUUAUCUUCGAGCGAAAUAAACCAAUUUGGAAAGCUUUGGUUCAGUUCGAUAGUGUCCGAUCUGCUCUAAGUGCACUUCAAUUAAAUAAUACAAUCAUGCAUGGACUUUCAAUAUUAGUUUAUGAGUCGAAUCGCAAGGGUCUUGACUUCCAAGCUAGAAACCAAUAUGCAAGAUACUACACUGCCCAACAAGUUUAGGGUAUAGUGCAUUCAACUGAGUUGCCAAAGACAGACCCAAUAAACAAAUGGCUCCCUCAUUCUUAAAUAUUGCCUCCUUAAACUGGAAUGCCUCCCAUACCAACAUAAUUUGCAGAAGCGCUAAACUUCGAUAAAGCUGAUGGUGCAUCUGAUUACGAUUCACAAGAAGAAGCAACUGAAGACAAAUAAGAAGAAUUGUCCAAUCAAUUUGUCAAGUGUAUGGGUGACAAUCUAACCUAACUCUUUCAGUUCUCACCAGGAUAGCGUAUUUCCACUUCAUAACAAUUGCCAAAUAACAUCCAAGUGGAAAAAUAGAUCUUUCAAUCUGAAAUUCUUCCACAAAAAAAACUGAUCACAAAGGUACUCUAUGCCAAUUGGUUUGAUCCUAAAUAGACAUCCAUGACUAUGAUUUAUAAUAUUUUUAGCACCUUUGGAAACAUCUAAAAGAUGAUCUACUUCAAGACUAAAUGCAAUGUCUUAAUCGAAUACUCGACUGAAGUCAGUGUUAAAUUCUUAUUGACUAAUUUCAACGAAGGAAAUCCCACUCUUUUUGGUUAAAAAUUGAAAGUUUAUCCAUCCAAUUACGAAUUCAUAUUCUUCAGAAAUUGCGAAGAAGGCCAAUUACCUAAGAAUACAGAAGAGGAGGAGUUUUAUUUAGGAAAUGAGGCAUCCUUUAGAUACAAAGAUAAUAAUUUCAAAUAUUUGGUCUCACCUUCCUAAUAAAUUAUGUUAACAAAUCUGAAAAAGGAAUUCUGUGAGGAAGGCAUUAUUUAUGACACCUUUUCUAAAUUUGGAUAAAUAGAGAAAAUUAAAAUAUUUUGUGAAGAAAAAAAUAAAAACAAGUGUCUCAUCCGUUAUUAAGAGCUAGAUUCAGCUAUGCAAGCCAUGGCAAUCAUGCAUAAUUACGAGUAUAACAAAAGGAAAAUUUAGAUUUUUUUUUCUAAAAAUAAAACUUGA